AUGAGUACCAUCGACACAAAUUUCCAGCAGACUGGCGAAUCAAUCCGUUUACUGGCUAGGUCAGGAAAAUUUCAUACCCCGACAAUCACCUCAGCACCUGGGUUCGUUCAAGCAAAUUUGAUCGUGCUACCCUCCCGCUUAGCACCAGACUUUAGGCAAUUCUGUGCAAGGAAUUCUGUGCCAUGCCCUCUACUAGCUGAGACGCCCAUUGGCAUCUUUGAUCGGCUCAAAUCACACAUUCCAGGGUUGACUGGUCAGCAAAUUGCAGGAGAUCUCGACCUCAGAUCCGACUUUCCUCGAUAUAUGAUAUAUGACAAUGGGCGGCUAACAAAAUCUCAUGUCGCAAACAUUGAGCGAGAGUGGACUGGAGACCAUGUUGGGUUCUUGAUAGGCUGCUCUUUCAGCUUCGAUGCUGCACUGACCAAAGCCGGACUUCCUCCAGCCCAUACAUUAUGGGGAAGGAAUGUACCAAUGUAUCGGACUCGAGUUCCAUUGUGUCCUGCGGGUGUAUUCAAGAACUCCACUUAUAUCGUUUCGAUGCGACCAUAUCGACGAAAGGACAUCGAAAAAGUUCGAGAUAUUACUCGGCCGUACCUCAUAACUCACGGAGAGCCCAUCGAUUGGGGCUGGGAUGCGGUUGAGCGACUCGGAAUAUCCAACAUUGCCACUCCGGAAUAUGGAGACGCACCAGUGGCUCCAGAUGGCACAGAGUUGGUUCAAGGAUUCGGCGAAGGUGAUGAAACACUAGAGCCUGUGUUCUUUGGAUGUGGAGUCACUCCCCAAGAGGCCAUUCAACGGGCUGGGCUCGAAGGAAGAGUGUUUGCUCAUGCUCCAGGCCAUAUGAUUGUGCUCGAUAUCAAAGACUCGGAUAUUACUCGAGAUAAUUGA